GUGGAAGCUCCUGAUCCAGCCACUGGUUGCCUCCGUCUGACAGCUAUCUGCGCAGCUCAACCUGGCUUCUUUGGUUUUAUGGAGUUCAAUAUUAAUGAAGGGGGUCCAGACGAAAAUCUGGAUGUCGUACAGGUUGUCGAAGCAUUGCUUGAAUGCAGGGACGGAGCUUGGUUCUAUAAAAAUAUCCCCAGACAAGUAAAUUCCGUACAGUGCACAGAAGCGGCACCCUAA